CCGUCGCUCCUCCUCUCUGAUCGAUCAGCCUCUCUCACUGAUCUCUGAUCAGUUUCAGAUCGAUACUUUAUCUCUCAGGGCCUGUCCCUCGGUCCUGGUCUGGUUCUGUCUGGAUCUUUCUGGUUCUUUUUGGUUCCUUCUGUGUGUUCCGGAACUUUUUGGACUCAGUGCGGGAUUCCGGCUUAACUGUUAGCAUCUCUCUGUGGCGGAAUUAGCUUCCGUUUGCUUCCUGUCCCGGAUCCUUCCCGCCUCAGAGUGCUCGUUUCAGUCCGAACCUGAGCGCUCCUCUCCGGGCAGAAGUGUCAGCUUAGCUCCGGGGACAGUUAGCCGGCUCGGUUCUGUUAGCUGGCAGUGAAGCUAACUAGCUAAGUGUUAGCCUGAGUUAGCAGCUAGGCUACAGCCCGAGCCUCCUCCGUCCUCAUGCCGGCGAUGCUGGAGAGAAACCCGGAGGCUGCGGGGAAGCGGAGAGGCAGAGCCCCGGCGGGCAGCGGCAGCAGCGGCCCCGGGGCAGCAGCGAACCCCGGCGGGAAGAGCCUGUCCGGUAAUGGAACCAGCACCAACAGCUGCUGGGAAGAAGGAAGUUCAGGCUCCAGCAGCGACGAGGAGCAUGGGGGAGGAGGGAUGCGGGUCGGGCCUCAAUACCAGGCCGUGGUUCCGGACUUUGACCCAGACGUGGCCAAAGCCGCUCACCAGAGAGAGAACCUGGGCAUGUUGGUCUGGAUCCCCAGCAGCUGUCUGAACCAGAUGCAGCUGGACGAGUACAUCGCCAUCGCCAAGGAGAAGCACGGAUACAACAUGGAGCAGGCUCUGGGCAUGCUCUUUUGGCACAAACACAACAUCGAGAAGUCUCUGGCUGACCUCCCAAACUUCACGCCGUUUCCUGACGAGUGGACGGUGGAGGACAGAGUUCUGUUUGAACAAGCCUUCAGCUUCCAUGGGAAGAGCUUCCACCGCAUCCAGCAGAUGCUACCUGAUAAGUCCAUCGCCAGCCUGGUCCGCUUCUAUUACUCCUGGAAGAAGAGUCGCAGCAAAACCAGUCUGAUGGACCGGCAGACGAGGAAACAGAAGAGAGAGAGAGACGACAGUGACGAAGAGGCCGAGGAGGGAAACGUAAACCCCCAGAGCGACUCAGAGUUCGACCCAAACAAAGAAGAGAAGAAGGAGGUGAGCUCUGGAUCGGAGAGGUCAGAGGUCAAACCUGCUGGACUCAAGGCGGGCAGUAAGGCGUCUCAGCGGAUGAAGAAGCGUCCACCUCGGGGUAUGUUUCUGAACCAGCAGGACAUCGUCUCGCUCUCCUCGACGUCUCCUCAGGGUCUCAUCAGACAGCUGGACAGCCAGCUGGUCUCCAUCAAGAGACAGAUCCAGACCAUCAAACAGUCCAACAGUGCUCUUAAAGACAAACUCAGCACCGGGGUCAGCGAGUUCAGACAGCCUGAGGUCAAUCAGAAGUUUAACACUCGCUGGACCACAGAGGAGCAGCUUCUCGCUGUUCAAGCCAUCAGGAAGUAUGGGCGGGAUUUCCAGGCGAUCUCAGACGUGAUUGGGAACAAGUCGGUGGUCCAGGUGAAGAACUUCCUGGUGAACUACCGGCGGAGGUUUAACCUAGACGAGGUUCUUCAGGAGUGGGAGGCAGAGCACGGGGUGGAGAGCGGCGCUGGGGGAGGAGCUGAAGAGGACGACAAGAUGGAGGACAAGAUGGAGGUGUGUCCCGAGGAAGAGGAGGUUCCUACGAAGGAGACAAAGGAGGACUCCGCCCCCUCUCAGAUGGACUCCCAGAAGCCCCUGGCCUCCUGAGGCAGUCUGACCCGGCCCUGGUUAAUGAUGUCAUCAUGUGUUUAUUUGAUAUUUUUGUGUUUAAACGAUCAGGUAAAGGUUAUGAACUGUCACCUUUUAUCACUGCUUGCUCUGGACCAAUCAGGAAACAGACUGACCCGUCAAUCAAAGUGGGUGGGCGUGUUUAUUUCUGCUUUUAUUUUCAUUUCAGUUUUAUUCUAAUCUCAGUUUUAUUUGACUUUAUUUCUCUGUUUCUGUAUGAGUGGAGGGUUUUUGAGGGUGGGGUCAGCUGAAGCAGCCAUACUGGAUGAUGUCACGCAGGUAGGGAGCGUCACCUGUCCUGAUGAUGUCAUUGCGUUUCUGGGAUUUUAGGACCUUUUUAGAGAAAUGAAACCAAAGUUCAUCAAUAAAUGAAUUUUUCUUCCUGAGUUUCUGCUCUUUUAUCGGCUGUUUGCUGCUUUUAAUAAAGAGAUUUGAAUCUAAAUUUGA